CUCGGCGCAGGAAGGAGUGUGCGCUCGGUGUCUGCGCCGCCGCCAAGCUUAUUCCCAGGAAGACUUUGAGUGUAACCAAAGCCACGCCCGCCGCAAGAUAGGAGUGUGGCCACGGUGUACCAUGUGCUAAAUCUCUCGUGCAAGUGAAGACAAUAAUAUAACUCGUAAUGUUGGUGCUGGUGUUGGUGGCGGUGUUGUGUGGGUGGAGGAGCCAGGCGGCCCAGCUCCCGUGGGACUACAGCGAAUGGCAGCCCAUUAUAGGGCCCUGCCCGACCUGUCGCCAGGCUCGCGUCCUCUCGGCCGGCACCAUUGUCCAGGAUGACUCCGUCAGUCCUGGUGCGCCCGGCCUCCGGAAUACUCCUAUCGUUCGGGAUGCGCCCGUCAUUAAGGAUGCCCCUACCAUCCGGAAUACUCCACUUAUCAAGGAGACGUCAAUCAAGGAUGCGCGUUUCUUCCGAAAUACGCCCAUCAUCAACAAGGAUGCGCCAAUCAUCAAGGAUGCCCCUACAAUCCGGAGUACACCCCUCAUCAAGGAUGGGCCAAUCAACAAGGAUGCCCCCAUCAAGAAUGGGGCCUUUGCCCAAUCCGAGACUUUCAUCCAGGAGGCGCCCCUCAUCCAGUCUGAGACAUUCAUCCAGCAUCCUCCUACCAGUUCCUUCAAGCCCAUCCAGCAUGCUUCUGGCAUUCCGUUUAAGUCCAACAAGCCUGGUGUGGGGAAGCCUAGCGUGAUCAAGCCUGGUCUUGUGCCCGGCCGCACCCCAGCCCUGACCUUCCCGCCACAAUCCGUCCCCAGCGGACAGGGAGGACGGGUACAGCUGGUAUACCUUCCAGAAGGUUCCAUCAGACAUCUUAACUCUGCCAACGCCGCCAGAAUCACGCCCACUUCCCAACAGCCUCGCCAGCAGUUGGGCUCUUUACACGAUGCCUCGCCCCUUCUCUCCCCUGAAUCCAUCCAGGACAUCGAAUUUUCUGACAAACAGAAACGUGACCACAACGGACGGGUGGUGACGGGCGGGGUGUCCAACUCUGUGGUGAUGUCCCUGGUGACCACCCGCGAGCAGGAGAAGGACGCCAGGGAGAAGCUGCGGCUGCUGGAGGCCGCCCUGACCGCCCGCGACUCUCAGCCCCACACUCAAGAAGAUGGCCGCCUCCCAAGGGUAUUUAUCGCCCCCUCCCACGUCUCCCCUCCGCCUGGCUACGUCAAGAUCCCCCUAGUGCCUCAAGGGGGGCAUGGAACCCAGACCAUCCACAAUGGAGAUUCACCGCUGCCUCCGACCUUCCUUACUCCUGACGCUCGCAACCCUCCACCAGGAUUCAUCAAGUUUGACCUUUCCGAGGGCGUGAGUCAGCUGUCGAGAGACAUACCCAUCGUGGUGCCCAACUCCCAGACGGAACUCAACCUAGCGCUGGGUCGUCCCGCCUUCCUACCCACCUCAACGCCCACCCCAGGACUCACCCACUCACCCGCUUCCCUCAAUUUCCAGAAGGAUAACGUCCGCAUAGGAAAAGACCUAUCCUUCCAGUUACCAGCUGUUCAGGUCAUUCCCAGGAGUGAGCCCAAGGUCAACUUCUCGCCCCCUAAUACCAACUUUCACCAACCCUCCACCAAGCCCAGCCUUCAGCCGGCGUCCAUUUCUCCUCAGUUCCAGGGCUUCCCACCCCGUCAACCUUCUCCAGCUCCGCAGGUUUUCCAAAAGCCCGGACAGCCACGCCCUGACCAUCCUCCUUUCACUUUCCCCAAACCCGGCCAGCCCUUCCCUCAGCCGGGUCAGCCCUUCCCUCAGCUCGACCAACCCUUAUCUCAGACUUUCCUUCAACCAGGUCAAACUAUCUCCCAGCCUAGUCAGACCUUCCCUCGGCCCAGUCAGCCCAUAAAUCAUGAUGAGCAGCUACAAACCUUCUCUCGGCCCGGUCACCAACUUCAGCAUGGCCAAGCUUUCCCUCAGUCCUCCCAGCCCGGCUUGUCAUUCCCCAAUCCCGGCCAGCCCUUUCCUCACCCAGGCCAACCCUUCACAGAACCUGAUCAAUUCUUAAAUCAACAACCUGGAGAACCACAAGUCGACCAAUCCUCCCCUCGACCUGGUCAUUCCUUCCCUCAAGCUGGCCAGCCUUUCCCACAACCUGGCCAGCCCUUCCCACAACCUGGCCAGCCCUUCCCACAACCUGGCCAGCCCUUCCCACAACCUGGCCAGCCUUUCCCACAACCUGGCCAGCCUUUCCCACAACCUAGCCAGCCUUUCCCCCAACCUGGUCAACCCUUCCCACACCCUAGUCAGCCCUUCCCACAACCUGGCCAGCCUUUCCCACAACCUAGCCAGCCCUUCCCACAGCCUAGUCAGCCCUUCCCACAACCUGGCCAACCCUUCCCACAGCCUAGUCAGCCCUUCCCACAACCUAGCCAGCCCUUCCCACAGCCUAGUCAGCCCUUCCCACACCCUAGUCAGCCCUUCCAACAACCUGGCCAGUCCUUCCCACAGCCUAGUCAGCCUUCCCACAGCCUAGUCAGCCCUUCCCACAACCUGGCCAACCCUUCCCACAACCCGAUCUACUGUUCAACCAGUCUGGAGAAAAGCAGUCUGACCAUACUUCUCCUAAACCUGGUCGGCUCUUCUCACAAUCUGGCCAACCUACCCCUCGACCAGACCAGUCCUCACCACUACCAGGCCAGCAUUUCCUACAGCCCGACCAAUCCUCCCCUCGACCAGACCAGUCCUUCCCACAGCCCAUUGAAUCCUUUAAUCAGCCUGGAGAAAUACAGCCCGAUCAGUCCUCUUUCAAGUCUAGCCGUCCCUUCUCACACUCUAGUCAGCAGUCUCCUCGACCUAGCCAACAUUUCUCACAGCCCGACCAGCCCUUUUCCAACCACGGCAGGCCUUUCAAACAGCCCGGUCAACCCUCCCCUCAGCCUGACGAUCUCAGCCCCCAAUCCAACCAGCCCUUCCCUCAGCCCGACCAAUCCUCCCCUCGGCCUGGCCAGUUCUUCCCACAACCCAACCAGCCCUUCCCACAACCCAGUCAGCCCUUCCCACAACCCGGCCGCCUUCCCACAACCCAACCAGCCCUUCCCACAACCCAACCAGCCCUUCCCACAACCCAGUCAGCCCUUCCCACAACCCGGCCAGCCCUUCCCACAACCCAACCAGCCCUUCCCACAACCCGAUCAACAGUUAAAUCAUGUUGGAGAACCACAGCCCGACCAUACCUCUCCUAAUCCUGGGCGUCUCUUCCCACAGUCUGGCCAACCCACCCUUCGACCAGACCAACACGACCAUACCUCUCCUAAACCUGGGCGCCACUUCCCACAGUCUGGCCAACCCACCCUUCGACCAGACCAACACGACCAUACCUCUCCUAAACCUGGGCGCCACUUCCCACAGUCUGGCCAACCCACCCUUCGACCAGACCAACACGACCAUACCUCUCCUAAACCUGGGCGCCUCUUCCCACAAUCUGGCCAACCCACCCUUCGACCAGACCAACACGACCAUACCUCUUCUAAACCUGGGCGCCUCUUCCCACAGUCUGGCCAACCCACCCUUCGACCAGACCAACACGACCAUACCUCUCCUAAACCUGGGCGCCUCUUCCCACAGUCUGGCCAACCCACCCUUCGACCAGACCAACACGACCAUACCUCUCCUAAACCUGGUCACUCAUUUUCACAGUUCGGCCAGACCUUCCCACAACCCGAUCAAUCCCUCAAUCAGUCAGAAGAACCAACGCCCGACCAAACUUCUAAACCUGGUCGAUUCUUGCCUCAAUCCAGUCAGCCCCUAAAUCAACUUAGACCACAUCAGCCUUUCCCACAGGCCGAUCAGAAUUCUCUACUGCAUAGCCAGCCCUCUUCCCCUCGACCACAUGAGCUCUUCCCACAGCCCAGUAAGUCCUCAGAGCCAGACCAACCCUUCCCACAGCCUGGAAAACCUUUCCCAAAACCUGAUCAGCUCUUCCCACACCACGGCCAGUCUUUCACUCCUUCUCCGUUGCCAGAUCCAGACCAAAAUAUAUUUAAGUCAUUAGAGCCCAUCGAGACGCCAGAGUUCCUAAACCCCGACGAUAACUUCCGCCCCAGUUUAGGGUUUCCUCCACGUUCCGACCAACCUCAGCACACUCCCCAAGGUCUUCCUAGCUUCCCUCCUUCCACUACUUCCUUGCCUUCCUCUCACACCCCAACACCUUUGACCACUUCACUGACUGCCUUGCAGACCACUGCAACACCCACCUCCAUCAAACAGGCUUCCUCACGUCCGCAGCUAAUUCCCAGGCCAACUUUCAGACCCCCGCUGCUGACCUCCCCUAGGCCAGUGCCUGUCACCCCUGUCCCCACGCUAACGCCCAGACCCAUCUCCUCGUUCGAAAACUCUCCGAGCCCCGUAACGCUGACAACCACGGGGUCGUUUAGUCCUAGGCCAACUCCAGUGACUUUCUCUCGGCAGCCUUCUCCCAGUCCAUUUCCAGCAACACCGGCAACUCGGUUCUCUCCAAACCCAAAUUCAGGGUUUACUGUGAAGCAGAACUCUCUCAGACCCAUCUUCUCCUCGCCGAGGCCUCAGACGGUGUCCUCUCUACGACCUCGGCCCUUGUCUACUAUCUCACCUUUCAACUCUACUCCAAGACAAUUUCAUCAAACCACAAGCUUCCAGGAACAAAAGUCUCGCUUUCAAGGACUGGAAAAUUCUCAAGAACAAAUUCCACCAUUCCAGGAACCACAGGUUUCCUUAGUUUCACAUGUUCAGGAGUCAGAAUCACCAACGAUUCUACCAUCCCCUGAGCCCCAGUCUCUGCACAUUCCAUCGUUCAGAAGACCUCAGAGCUCCCGAACCUCGCUCACCCCAACAUCUCAAACUCCAUCCUUCCAGGACAUCCAGGAACCAACUACGCCUUCAUUCCAGGAGCCUGAGCGUCCUCGCCUGCAAAGCUUCUCGCCCUUCCAGCGCCCAAGGUUCACAACAGAGCUCCCAGAGGAAGACCAGACUGUACCGGUCCUUCAAGAAGACACCAUCCAAGACUUCUUAACACCUGCACCCACAACUCCCGCACCCAUACCCACCACCUCCACUGUCAGGGUCACCACCUUCAAGCCAAGAUUCAGCUUCAACGCUGCCAAUAGACGCCCGUUCAUCAGGCGGAGACCAAGACCGGACGACGGAUCAAAAAAGGAGAUCGAUAAUGAUACUAAAAAGGACACUGAAGGUACCAGCAAGAAGGAAAGCAGUAUUCAGAAAAAGACAGAAGCUGCGACACUCUUCCCGCCAUUCUCUGUCGCGCGGACACUUAACCCUCUCCGCUCUGAAAAAGAAAACAUUGAUAAUAAUGAACCCGAGGUAGGAGCUGACGGUGUGACAGCUCCUCCUGUCGGAACCUUUGGUAGACGCCUUCGGCCUCGAAACAGGCGUCCAUCACCUGGUAAUGAAGAGGACCAAGAAACGACCAGCCAACCAACUCGUUCAAGACCAAGUCCCCUGACUGUCAACAGAGUGAGGACUGUGAGCGCCACCAGAUCCCGUACCCUGGCCCCCAGUAGAGGGCGGGAACUUCCCGAGUGGCUCAAGGCGCGCCGGCGAGCUCAGAACCGAGGCCGCCUGUCUGAAACAAAUGACCGUGUAGAGGAUGCGGCUCUUGAUGAGGAUGUCCCUCUGGAUGUUUUGGAAAACAAUGGCUUUAGUGGAGCGGAGUCCACUUUGGUUGUUUUCAGUAGCCCACCGGAAAACGAAGUACCAAAGUCUUUCAGUUCACACGAUUCCGAGAAGGAACUCGAGGAGGCGGCGGUUGAGUUGAAGAAAGAGGACGAAACUCUAACUGCUACAGAAGAAACCAAUGUUAGCGUAGCAGAAGACAUUGCUGAAGAUAUUGCCCGUGAAGACGUCAUUCACAGGGCUGAAGAAAACACAUUCGUGUUAGACCAUCUUACUCUUAGCUCUUCUACAGCCUCUACAGAAGUUGUUACCGACGCCUACGAGCCAGAUGCCGUGUAUGAGACUAUGACACUGGAGAGCCCCAAGCUGAACCCGAACCUGGUGUUGUGCCUAAGCCCGAUGCUCUUCCAGAACCCACUACUGUUCCAGACCUCGAUGCUGUUCCAGAGCCUGAUGCUAUUCCAAAGUAUGAUGCUGUUCCAGAGUCUGACACUGUGCCAGAGCCCGAGGCCGUUUCUGAUUUGGACACUGCGUCUGAGUCAGAUGUCGCGUCUGCACGUGAUGCUGAACCGGAAUCCGACACUCAACAACACACAGAGCGAGUCACAGAACUUCGACUACUAUGAGUACGACCCCUUCGACGACCACUCUGACAGCGGAGAGGACCAAGACUUCGGCGGCAGCAGCGCCGAGGUCGUCUUCGCCGUUGCCGUCACCGAGUACCUGCCGGAGACGACCACCCUGGCCAGUGAGGUCGUCGAGGAGGAGGAAGUGGAGAAAAAUCAGGAUGAAGAUGUCACCACGGAGGAACCCCUCAACCCGACGACUGUUAGCGUGGUGGAAAGUGAAGGGCUGACGGAGGACACAGUAGGCAGCAUGACAACAGAUCCUAUACUUCCACAGGAGGUAACGACUCAGUUUAUUACAGAAAUUCCACCACAGUCUGAAGACACUACGUACAUAGGUGCACUAGAUGAGUACCUUGUAGUGACCACAGUAGACCCUCUUAUCACAACCCCUAUCACAUUUCCCCUCUUCCUCACCUCAACAACCUCUACCACAACCACUACACCCACCUCUACCACCACCACAGCCGCCUCUACCACCACCAAGAGGUCGAGGCCUGCUUCCAUACGACCCCUCUAUGCCCGUCUGCAGAGCAUCUCAAAGAAGUCACCAAGUUCUUCUAUAAAGAAGUCAACCCGAACUGGACCAAAAAUCCUAGCAGAGUCGACAAUCAAAGAGAUCCGCACCUCAGACCCCGUCAUCUGCUUCCGCGACCACCAGCGCUGUGUCAAGGCCAAGGGUCUCAGGAGACGCCGGGCUGUCAUCCCCUGAGGUCAGCCCUGCGCCUGUCUUCAAGACUUCCUGUCAACCUCACUCAAACCUUUGCCACAUCAUACCCAAACUUUCUACGUCUUGAUUCUUAACCUUUCCUAAUUAUAUCGUCUUAGACUUUAUGCAUCAGUCUUAUGUAGCCCUAGGCUUUUCAGGCCCUGAAUCCCACUAAUCCCUCAGAUUCUUGAUGGCUUGAACUUAGCAUCUGUCACAAUCCUUCCAUAAAGACAUAGUUAUAAGUCAUUCUGUUUCCCCUUAGCUCAUCUCCUUCCAGUCAUUAUAACCAGUCACGGUCAAGGCAACUGCCUUUAAAUUCAUGAGUAGUAUACAUUGUAUGACUGGGCUUAGCCAGACUCACCUGUAUCAAGCUAUGGCUCACUUGUUCACGUUAGAUCAAGAAAUACAUACUAGACUAGUUAGAUCAAGUCAUAAUUCAUAUCAUGUCAAACUAAAUCGAGUCCCGGUCACUUUAAAUCAACUUAGAUUAAACCAAAUUAGUCUAGGUUUAAAACCAUUAAAAUGCAAACAUUGAUGUACCUUAACAGUCCGAGUUUCUCCCAAAGUAAGUCUUCGAUCCUCUCUUUCUUCACUUGCUCAACCAACCUAAUGGUCCCCUUGAGCCUCCUCUCUACCUGGCCGACGCCCAAGGAAGAGAGGACUUGGCCACCAUUCUUGGUCAUGGUCAUAUAAUUUAUUCUGUGGUGUGGGGGAGGCUGCAGGCAGCUGGCCUGUCGGGCCUCGACGCCACACCAGCCCUUAGUACCACUGUAGUCACUGUUAAGUCCUCACUUGUUAUUUAAGAUGUAUAUUGUAUAGCUUUAAGGAAUAAAACCCUUUUUGUAAA